AUGUCUUUAUCACAAAGACGGAUAUCACACUUGCAUAAUUUGCCACAACCUCAAAUGAUCAAUUCACAGACCCGGAUGAAAAGACUUCCUCUGCGGAAGUCACCUUUUCAUGUUCGAGAUCAAAGUACAGUAUCUUUCGGAUUAUUACCGGCUAAUCUACCAGAUGCACCUUUGACCGCAAGAGCAAAUGACACAACCAAGAACCCUGUCAGUAUUGGUCUUACGGUUGGAUGUACAUUAUUGUUGAUCAUGAUCGUCUCUCUUUUGACAAUUUUGUUCUGUGUUUGGCACAGGAAGAAGUCUUUACGUUCCAAAGCUUUGGAUUGUAGAAAAAGUCCGUGGACACAACGAUAUCGUGAUGGCACAAGGAAUGGAAUUCCAAGACCAGAAUUGCACAUGACGAGAAUUAUGGAAGAGAAAAAUACACAAGAAGGAUACUUUGAUCAACAAAAGAAUACGUACACCAUCUACAAAGAUACACCAUUACUAGAAGAACAUGACAGCUAUUCGAAAGAAUCCGAUAUCGAUCCAUCUUUUCAAAAUGAACAAAGGCUGGCAAAGCAAGGAAAAGCGCAAAUUGAAUCAUCAUACCUCAACGCGUCCACGACAAAAAGACGAACAAAGUUGCCGGAUGUAUGGUGUUCGCCUGUCUUGCCAAUGCCUAAUUCCGCUCGCAUGUCACCAAGGGUUCGCAAUUCCGUCUUUCAAAAUCCAUAUGGACAUAUAGAUGUGAUCAGAGGAUCUCUAAUGAAAGGAUUAAAUAGCGAAGACAGUUCAGCAACGAUGAUCGGACUUGGCUUGAUGGUGGAAGCUGAUACGGCAUAUGAUUAUACAAUCGUUGAUGAUCCUUCGCCAGUAGAAAAGACUGGCGAAUUGUGGGAUCCAGUGAAAGGUAGCCUUCAUGCUGAUUUGAUUUGCUCGGCCGACAAGUAUGCCGCUCUAAUGCCGAAAGGCUCCCUCCUACGUCAGCCUGAACGGAAGAAGACGGAAAGUCUUGGAGUCAUGAGCCGUAGUCCAAGUGAUACAAGCAUAUAUACAGCAGUGAGCUUGGCAACUUUAGUGGUGGAAGAAAAUAUGAUCCCAGCAACGUUGUCCAAAGACGAUGAUGAAAAGAAAGGAGAGUCCGAAAUAUUCAACAUUGUUCAACGUGACUUUAGGGAAUCAAAAGUGCCAAGCUCAAGACAAAAAGCUCCCAAAAAGAGCAAGACUAUAUCCUCAUUCCGUGGCGAACGCAAAUCUAGGACAUCCUCUUCACGAUUGUUAGAUGAAAUAUUUGACGAACAAACGGAUGCUAGAGUGACAAGAACUUUUACUGCUGCAAUGCGAAUGAUGAAAAAGAACUUAAAGGCAAGGAAGCCUCCAACGCAAUCCAAGAAGGAGAGUGUUGCGACUAUGGAGGAUGAAAGACCAGUCUCCUUGCGGUCUUUAGCUAGACGAUCAGAGGUACGAAGAAGAACAAAGAUGCAGUCUGAUCGAACUUCUGCUUUACUGUCACAUGCAAUCUCACCUUAUGUUGAGAAGCAGCACCCGAACGUCGUUUCGGACCAGCAAGUCAAUCACUCAAAGCAGAACAGCAAUGACUCAAUUGAAUCUGCAUGCUCUUCGUUACGCCAAGGUCGCAUAAGCACAAUGGAAUACCACCUACCUUCACGAUUAUCAGCAAGCGGGGCAAAGGUAUUUACUCUUUCCCCUCAAAAGAUGGUCAGUAUCAAUCAUUCGGACAUGGCAUUGCCAACCACGCCCCAAAACAAGCAGCCUUACAACAGAGACGUGAAACCACUCGUGAGAAAGCGCACGAUUCGAACGAUUGACCAAGACAAGCUCAUUUGUAUUUCAGACUCAAAAGGGCGAGGAUCGGUGUUAUUGACCGCAAAAGCAGUUCAUCGAAAGUCCCGUUCGCUUGACUCGUGCUUGAGUAGUGCAAUUUUAGGCUACCUUCAUACACCUACAUCUGUCAAAGUGCCGUCAAGAUCAAAUACGGGACCAUACGUUCCACCUGUGAUGCUUGAAACAAAAAGAGGAAGAUCUAACACAGAUUUGACAAUCGGUACCGCUUGCAAUACAACUCCACUUCGUAUUCGUAAAACUGCCAAUUCACUCUUGUUCGCAAAAGUAAAACAUAAACGUGUAUCUCAAUUGAUUCAAACCCACGGCGGCAGUUUGAAGAAGAUGCAAUACAACAAUCGAGAAAGUCAAUAUAGCACAGAUGGAGAAUAUGCAAGUCCAACGAUGCAAGUUGUUGCUCUUUAUGACGAAUAUUCAAGUGAUGAAGAAGAUGAUAAUAUGAGCAUAACAACAUCCGAACAAAGUCAUUUUCCAAACCAAUUCCAUCGUCGAAGCAGAAGUCAAGAAUUCUUCCUUUCGUGA